AUUACUUUUAAAAGUCAAAUAAAUAACAUUUUUGCUUACAAUGGAGGUUGACAAAAGAUUUGAAAAAGUUAAAAAUGAUCCUAGAUUUCAGAGGAUAUCAAAAAAGAACAAGAAAAUAAAAAUUGAUCCAAGAUUUGAAAAGAUGUUCUCAGAUGACAGAUUUCACACUAAAUUUUCUCAUGAUAAACGAGGAAAACCAAUAUUAGAAGAAGAAAAAGAAGAUCUUCAUAAAUUUUAUGAUGUCCAACCUGAUGAAGGGAGUAAUGAUGAAGAGCAGACUGAAAAGAAUGAUGCAGAAAAUAUAAGUUCAACAUUUAGUUGUAAGACCAAAACAGAUGUAAAGUCAAGUUUAAAAAAACUGCCUAAAGAGGUUAAUAAAAAACCCCCUAAAGCCUGUAAUAGUUCCAAAACACUUGCCAAAACUGGAAAUUCAAAAGUUUCAAAAGUUAAAUUUGAAGAUAUUAGAGGAGAAAACAGUUUUUCAGAAACAAAUUCUGACUCAGAAGAUAAUUUUGAUGAUGAAAUUGAUGAUGGUUUAAUACAUGGUUGGGGUGAUUUGGAUGAAGAUGCUAAACGAGUUGAUAAUGCAGAGACAUCAAGAAUUGCUGUUUGCAACUGUGAUUGGGACAAGAUUACAGCAACUGAUUUGUUUGUUCUAUUCAAUUCAUUUAAACCAUCUGGUGGUAACAUAGUUUCAGUAAAUAUUUAUCCAUCUGAUUAUGGCAUUCAACGCAUGAAAGAAGAAGAUUUAAAAGGACCACAGGAAAUUAAAGAAUUGCCCAAUGAAAAUGAAGAAGUGGAAGAAGGGUCUGAAGGUUCCUCAUUUCAUAUGGAAAAGUUAAGAGAGUAUCAGUUAAACAGAAUGAAGUAUUAUUAUGCAGUUGUGGUUUGUGAUAGUAAAGAAACAGCAGACAAAAUUUAUUGUGAAUGUGAUGGAAUGGAGUUUGAAAUGAGUGCUACUCACCUAGACCUUCGAUUUAUUCCUGAUCAUGUGACCUUUGACGAUAGAGAGCCCAAAUCAACUGCAACUGAAUUGCCGAAUAUUAACUCUUACGCACCUGCUAAAUUUAUAAAUACUGCUCUUCAGCAAAGUACUGUACGCUUAACAUGGGAUGAAACGGACACAAAACGAAUUGAGAAAACAAUGCGAAAGUUUACUAAAGCAGAUAUAGAUGAAAUGGAUUUCAAAGAAUAUUUAGCAUCAUCUUCAGAUGAAGAAGAUCAAGUUAAAAAAUUUAAUAAAACUGAAAUAAGUAACGAUUAUUCAGGAAGUGAAGAGGAUGAUGAUAGAAUAAAAAAAUAUAGACUUUUGAUGAAAGAAAUUGAGUCUAAAGAAGAAGUAGAAGAAGAUGAAGGUAAUAUAGAAGUGUCUUGGAAUCAAGAAAUAGAAGAAGAAAACCAUGCCAGCAUAUCAAAGGAAACCAAUAAAAUUAAAAAAAUUACGAACAAUAAUAAUGAACCAAAUAAUAUAAGUGAUGACAAAUUAUCUGAUGAUAAUAAAAGUCUUGGCUUUAAUGACCCUUUUUUUAAAAAUAAAAAGAAGACAAAAUUAAAAAAAAAAUCUAAAGUUAACGAAAAUAUGACAGAGGAGGACCUCAAAAACAAGGCUGAACUUGAACUCCUUCUUAUGGAUGAAGAACCUGAGGAGAAGAAGCACUUCUCUUUGAAGACUAUACUUGACCAGGAAAAACUUAGUAAGAAAAAAAAAAAGAAGCGCAACGCUGAGAAACAGCUGGAUGAUACAUUUGAAGUAGAUGUGAAAGAUCCUCGUUUUAACGCAUUGUAUACGUCACAUUUGUAUUCUAUUGAUCCUUCAGAACCCCAGUUCAAAAAAACAAAGGGUACAACUAAAAUUAUUGCUGAGUCACAAAAGCGUAGAGGUGAAAAUUUAAAUGUUGGUCAUGAAACAAUUGACGCUAAUUUUAAUAAAGAAACAAAGAAGCUGGAUACUUGCCUUUCUGAUCUUGUUAACUCUGUAAAAACGAAGACAAAACUGCAUCAAAAGAAGAAAAAGCUAAAGUAAUCAAUUUUCAUUAACAAAAUAAUUGAUGUAAUAAAUUUUUUUUUCUGAAAAAUAGAUAAAAUA